AUGCGACAAGCCCGUCAGGACGACGAUGAGCGUCGCGAAGCAGAGAAUGCUGCGAAGCGACUAAAGUACCGCGCCGACAAGGUCGCCACAUUCAAGGGAGCGACAGCGAAACUCAAGCACAAGUUCCUCGACGUGGAAUUCGGAUUCUCCUGUGCCGCUACUUUUGUGACGGAGCUUGAAAACGACAACGACGAGCUGUGGAAAUAUGUCACUCCCAAAGGACCCUUCGGCAGCCCGAGCGGUGUUGCCAUCGCCCGCCUUUCUACUUCAGGAGUAGAAUGGCUGAGCUACAACGUUUCUACCACCGGAACAAAAUUCGCAACAGCCGCAGAUAUAAGCGAGGGCCUCAGGGAAUCCAAGUACUGGGCCAGUUACAAUGUGGCGUAUUUCGACGACAUCUUCAACAUUAGUGGACAACCAGCCAAAGUAGAAAAAUACGGGGACUACUACAGCUAUGAGCACUGCCCUCGUGCCAAGUUGUUUAAGCGAGACCACGAUAACCUGACAGACAUGGAUUCAAUUAUGACCUACAUGCGAUAUAACGACUACAAGAACGACCCGCUUUCCCGCUGCAACUGUACCCCACCGUACAAUCCGGCCUAUGCCAUCGCCGCCCGCUAUGACCUGCUCUGUCCACAUGGAAAAUACGGUCUCCCAGGAAUGUACCGUCGUGGCAUGGGCGGCAUUGAUGUCAAGGUUACGAACCGAGAGCUUUCGUCGUCAUUAGAGUACGUUGCAGUAAGUGGACCAACGUGGGCAAACGUGCCCACGUUUCAGUGGAGCACGAGCGGACUCCCUGAUAGCCACGUGGGCCAUCCCGAUAGAUGGCAGUUCGGACCGGUUCACCACAAGUGGCAACCAGCGAGGGAGAGCCCGAGCAAAGCGCCUUUGUAUAAUUGA